GUAGCCGCAAGACGCCGCGAUACCUACUGAUGAGCCAGCUGCCUGGGAACUUCAGAACUUGCUCACAUACUUAGAUGACGGUGGGUACUUGCGCUCAGCUUGCGCUGGGAAGAUUCGCCGACCGCGAACCUUAACGUAACUUUCAAUCGCGAUGCGCCCCCAUCCCGAAAGCGAGGCAGCACCCGAGACGGGACCCUGCCCAUGCGCCCAUGGGACAUGGAAGUGGAAUCGCUUCAAUCUCGUAUAAAUAACCAUCCGCGUGGCAGAUAACUUUCGUGCACUGUCACUUCUCUCAGCGGGCGGGCGGGCUGCUCAGAUUUAUUACCCUCUGAACUCAGCAGCCCGCGAGAAAGCCGCCCUUCGUGGCAGCUAUAGAAAACGCUCUUUCAGGUUGGGCUAUCGUUAUAUCUGCAGGCCGCGCCCUGCCGGGUCUCCCGGGUUCAUUGGCUCCCGUCUUCGUAGCUCGCCACCAUCGUCUUGACCAGUGCUCAUGCGGGACGGACUUGAUGUCAUCCACCCUUCCCUGACUUCUGUCAGAGCGUCCGUGUCCAUCAUGCAUGGACUCGCCAUUCUGACGACGACAUUUAGGUUGUGGUAUCGAGUCAGGAAGCGACGCUUCUGGUGGGAGGAUGCUUGGGCUGCCGCCUCGUUAGUCGGAGCCAUCGCCAGUCUUUUUGCGGUCAUGGGCAUCACAGGUUCGGAAAACUACUGGAUCUAUGCUUCCUUAGAUGACCCACCGUUUCCCGGUGAAUCCCCUACCGGUCAUGUAGUGGCUGAUUGGGUUAUGAUAUUUGGGUUUACGACUUGUCUGUGGAGCGCUCGACUUAGCCUGAUUUUUUCCCUUGUGCGUCUGUCCUCGGGCGCGACAAAAUUACGUCAAGUCUCGCUCUAUGCUGCAGCAGUAUUCGGAGCCAUCUUUGUUGGUCUCUUGUGCCAGAAGGUAUAUGUUUGCGGUCACGACCUUUCUUGGGAAGAGGACCCGGUUAUGGCCUUUCAAUGUAGACUUGGGGACUCAAUUGCGAUUGCACAAGUUGUUACCGACUUCAGUUCUGAUGUGGCUCUCGUGGCCAUUCCUGUGUUUCUAUUGCGAGAGGUCAAUUCUCCGAAAGACCAACGCAUCCUCAUUCUUUCCGCGUUCUCUACGAGCAUCUUGACAUCACUCCUUAGCGUCGUUCAUGUGAUAUUUAUUCUUACUCCGGACCCUGGUUUGCAAACAAUCACGGCGCAAGCUGAGAUCGCGCUGUCGCUUGUCAUUUGUAAUCUUCUUGUUAUCGUCACCUACAUCUAUCGCGUCCUCAAGAGAAAGGACCUGGAACUCGAUCGCCGACCAAGCGCAGAAGCUGGAACACGCACAAUCAUUUUUACGACAGUCGACCUUAACCAGCUCACUAGCCACCCCAGCGCCGAGUUCAACUUAGGCAUCUUUGGGCGCCCAGGCCCCCGCCAACCCUCCGACUGGCCGAUAGUAGGUGGAAGAUACGGCAGAUUGGCGCGGUACACGCUCACAGAGCCGACGCGCUUCAGGGGCUUAGCCGGGCCAUCGCAGGAAUUUCACGUCAGACAAUUCUCCGCCUGUCUCAUCCCAGAGUCCAGACGUCACCAGUACUUACAGAACGGUAUUAAUGAUCUUAUGUGAAUUCC